AUGAUGUCCAUGUCACAUCGGAGUGAGCUGCUGGAAUCUGUUCAGGACCCCGAGCAGAUCACGAAGCUUUUGUGUUCCAAGUUUUCUCAGCUUAUUGACAGGGUCGCACAGGCCGAGGAAGCGACUGAUGUGGCUUCAAAGCGCUCUGAGCAGCUGAGGCAGAAGGUGCAAGACUCAGCAGAUCGCCGACAGGCGACCACGACACAGAUGCAAAGCUCCUUGCGAACGCAAUUGUCAGAGGCCGAAGCCGCGCAACACCGGCUCAAAGAAGCCAGGGCGAGUGCGGAGUUUGCCACCGGAGAGGUUUUGCGAGCCAAAGAGGCAGCCCACUCCCUCAACGAGGAUUGUGAACGGUUGAGCUCGCAAUGCCGCGAGGAACAAAGAAGCCUCGAGGAGACCUCUGCGCGGUGGCAGCAAGAAGAGCAGAGCGGUGCCACGUGUGAGCGAGAACGCCAGCGGCUCCGAGCAGAAGUGGAGGCGGUAUCACAACGCCUAACCGUGCAGGAAGAAGAGUUGGCGGCAGAUUACCAGCGUGAUCGCCAGCGCCGCGGGGACCUGCGUCAGUUGGAGAUGCGUGUCCAAGAUGCAGGCCGCCAGCGGAUUGCAGCAGAAAAGCGCUUACAAAGUGUUCAGGAGGAGCUGGGUAAUACCCAAAAACAGGUUGCUCAACACAAAGAGCGCUUGGAUGUGGCUCAGCAACAGUUGCAGAUUGGCCAUGAGGAGCUCCUCCAAGAGGCCCACCGCCUUGAAGAAGCCCAGCGGCAAAAGCGCGAGGUGCAGCAGGAGGACGUGCUGGCAAAAGAGGCCCUGGAACGGCUGCGGCAAAUGAAGGUACGCUCAGAGGCACAAUGGCAGGAGAAGGUAGAAGCUGAAAGCCAGCUUCAGGCUGCGCAGCUGAAGAAGCGUUGUGCUCAAGAGCUGACGGAGACCCUGGAUAUCAGGCAGAAAGAGGCCCUUGCAAGGCUUUCCAGCUUGGUAGACUGCACUGCUGCGAAGGACCUUGAACGUUGGCAGCAGCGCCUCAAGGUUUUGGGAGAGUCGGUCCGACAAUUGAGGUGCACUUUGCAACAGCUGGAGGUAAGCACAAAGGGUGCAAACACGGUCGGCGUCUCGCUGCAGGAGGAAUUGCAGCGAGUGUUCCUGGCCACUGAGAAGCUCCGCCGAGAGAGAGAAGAGGCUGCCCAGAGCCCUGCACUGGUCAGGCUGCGGCAAGCGGAGCCCGCCCUGGAAGCGGCCAGGCGACGAGCGCGUGAGCUGGAAAUGAAGUUGGAGGAUGUGCAGGGUGAGGUGGCCUGUGCAAAGCAACACAAGGAGUGCUUCCUUCGCGAGGCAUAA